AUGCUUCCGUGCAUGAUAGUGCCGUCUCCAGUAUCUCAGCUUGUGCUAAAGGGGGCCGACUUGAUGCUUCCGGGUGUCUGUCGGCCCUUAACCAUAGCUGCAGCGAGAGCAGCGGGUGUUAACUCAAUCGAGUUUGGUGAUCUCUGGGCCGUUCGUGUUGCCGGGAACGCAUUGCCCAUUGCUGUGGGGCGAGCUGUUACAAGGGCUCCCUCCUUAGAACUUUUGGGUGAAAAAGGGAAGGCCAUUGAUCUCAUGCAUCGUUUGGGAGACUCCUUGUGGAACCACGGGAAGCAGGUUGUUUUGCCCCCACUUUUCACCUCCACUCAGGUCUUCAGUGGGAGAGACGACGCGGAGUUGCUGGCGUCUUGCGGUAUGGGGCCCUCAGAGUCCUUGCCGGGGUUUCUGGCUCAACCGGAGCUGAAGCAGCAACCGCAGCAAUCAGAAGCCUCCCAUGCGGGUGCUCCUGCGAAAGAGAGCGAAGAGUUGGCCUACACAGAUGCUCCCACCCCCACGCCGGUUUCUGCGUCCCCAGCUGCUGCUGCCUCAUGUGCUGCUGCGGAGGUAGAGGAUGCAGCGGAAGGAGGGAGGCAAACCUGCCCCCCGCUUGAUUCAGGAGAGGACGCUCCCCUUAACACAUUGGAGUCAGAGCUAACCGUUGAGUUGGGGAAGUUCAUACAAGGGGCCACAAAAAAGAAGCUAAUACAGACGAAGGAGCAGAGGGGCAUCGUGUCGGUCGUGAAAAUAAACCGAUCUCAUCCCGACUACUGCAAACACACCCCUGUCCCCGAAUCACAAAAAAAGAAACUUGUGGAGAGGGCGGGAGCGUCUGCUGCUGCAACAUCUCCAACUGCUUCAGGAGCAGUAGCAGCAGGAGGAGAAGAAGGAACUCGAGAUGCACCUAAUGCUGCGGGGACUGCACGCUCUGGAGAUGAAGGUCCGCUCGUCUUUGAAUUUUGCGCACCUCCUGCGAAGUGCUGCAGAAUUUUCGCAGCAGUUGAAGUUCGCACUGGGAAGAAUGUUUUCUUUACAGCUGAGGAAUACCGGCAGGUGCUUGUGAAGUACUUCGAUGUGCAAAAUGCCAAGAAGGAGGAAGGCGAGGAAGAGACACAGGCGGCGCGAUGCACUUCGGGGAGUAGGGAAAAUACCGUUGCGAUAGAUCCUCUUUUGGCGGACGCAGUCCUGACCAAGGAGGAAAGAGAGGAGGCAAAGGCAGCAGGGCAGGAAAAAUUGGUAAUGGAUAAAGGGGAAAUAUUUGUGCGGUGGAUGGAUACUGCACAGCCUUGCCAUGCAGUCCUUAGAGAUGAGGGAGAGCUGCCACUACUUCAGGGAAGAAUCGUGCGGGGUGCAUGCAACCCUGUCCGGAUUUCAGUGGAGGAGAAGCAAGGGGGACGGAAGCACCUCACACACAUAGCGAACGUCACAAAUUUUCUGGUCGAGCCAAAAGCUGUUGCAGAAUUCUUGCAGAAGAAAUUGGCAGCAUCGGCCUCUGUUUAUGCCCCACCUGGCUCGAAGGUGGUUUCCGCUGUUUCUGUACAGGGCAACGUUGCGCGGCCAGUCGCUGAGCUGAUGAUUUCGCACUUUGGCAUUCCGAAAAAGUUCGUGGAGGUGGAGUUGAAGAAGCCGAAAAAAGGCCGUUAA